CUGUAUUUGGUUCAGGUCUUCCCGACCAGAACGACGAGAAAAUUCCGACGAUCGACCAAGAGGAUCUACUCGGCGUGCGUCCUGCGGUGUCUCAACACGGAGGAGUGGAAGCUGUCGCAGACGGAGCAGGAAAAGGGUUUCUCCCCGGCGUGGACCACGGCGUGUUCCUUCAAGUCGACCUUCCUGGUGAAGCGCUUGCCGCAAAGGCCGCAGGCGAAGGGCUUCGCGCCGGCGUGCGCGCGCACGUGCCGCAGCCACGACGACUGCGCGCCGAAGCCGACGUCGCAGGCGGCGCAGGCGAAGGGCUUUUCGCUCGUGCGCGUGCGCGCGCGCGCGGCCGGGUUCAUCUGGCGAGAGAAGCCUCGGCCGCGAGCGGAGCAGCCCGCGUGGCUCGGCGCGUCUUGCGCCGGGCCGGAGCGCGAAAGAAAAGUCGCGCGGCACGCCGAGCAGCGAAGCGCUUCGGCGCCCACCCGCUCGCCGACGUGCCCGACUGCCGCUUCCCGCUCCUCGCACGACCCGCGGCUCAAAGCGGCGGCGUCGGGGGCGCCGGGUGACCGCCGGCCUUCCUCGAGCUUGACGAUGACGCGGCCGUCCUCCUCCCGGCUGACGUCGACCUGCCGCUCUUCCUCCGGCUCCUCGUCUUCCUCCUUCACCCGGGCGAUCUCCGCCUCCUCCUCUUCAUCCUUGACGCGCCGAGGGGCGCAAGUUUGA